CAUCACGCCACGUGGCGAAGAUUCCUGUAGACAUCAUGCGGUCCCUCAGGCCACCCACCUGUCGCCUCUCCGUCACUCUACUGUGGACUCGCCAGCAAGUUGCGGCUGCCCCCUCCGAAACCGCCACGCGUCGAACGCCCACCAACUUCUCCUGCCUCCUCCAUAUCUCUGUAUAUAGGGGUCGCGCUGCCACACCGGACGGCGAGGUCGUUCCGUUUGGGUUGACAUGGUACGGACCGGCGGAGCAAAGGAGACGAACGACCGCUCCAGAGCGUCUAACGCCGUGUUGCGAGCUCAUCACCAUCGUUACAAGGGAGUGAGGAUGCGGAAGUGGGGGAAGUGGGUGGCGGAGAUACGGCAGCCCAACAGCCGGGACCGCAUCUGGCUUGGCUCCUACGCAACCGCGGAGGAGGCGGCGAGGGCCUACGACGCCGCCGUGUUCUGCCUCCGGGGGCCGUCCGCCCUCCUCAACUUCCCUGACGUGCCGCCCGAGGUCCCCUCCUCAGCCGCCGGAGGAGGAGGAGGAGGAGUCUCGGCUUCCCAGGUCCAGAUGGCCGCUGCCAGGCAUGCUCGUGGCCAUAGAGCGGCUUCGGCGGCGACGGAGACCUCGACGUGCUCCCACGUGGAGCCUUGCGGUGGCCGCUCCCCGGAUGUUCUGCAGACUGCUCCAAACGGCGGCGGCGGCGGCGGCGGCGAAGGGGGUUUAAGCGGGUUCGCGACGGACGGAUGCUACUGUAGGACGGAACACGGAGUUUUCGGGCCAUAUACAAUUUGAAUCCUACCUGAGUUUUUCUUUUCUUCACAACAUAACACGAAGCAGUUGUACAGCUUUGGUUUGUAUGAAAUCCAAAGAAAACUCCUUUUCGUUUCUGCAAUGUUGAAGAUUCCAACAGCGAUCAUCA